CCUUGGCUCUGACGUCUAGACUUCAGGCGCACGACCAACGAUGUCCGACUCAGAAGAGGACUCAGUCUCCGACUCAGUCUCGGACAUAAACGAGGAUAUCAUCAGCCUUAUCAAGGAUUUCAGGCGACCUGAAAGCGACGCCGCUCGGCACCGGGCUCGCGAAGACAUAGGAGUGUAUCUCUUCCUGAGGCGCCCAUUCCUUUGUCUGGUUGCUCAUCCAGAUGAUGUAUUCCGCUCCCAUAAAGACCGAAACGCCGCUAUAACAGCCAGCGAAUUCGCAGAAUCCUCAGGUGCUCUGGCGGCGCUGACCAUCUUCGAAGGCUGUCUUGGGCCCGCGCGCGAGUCUGAUAUGAUCCUUGACUGUCUAUUACCCGCUUGGAAGAACGUCUUGCCCUGGACGGCUUAUCUCUAUGAUGCGACUACCAGCAACCCGUGGGCUGUAGAAGACAGCCCCGUCAUCCCCUUUAUUAUCAGCAUACUCGCGCAAAUGUGCCGCAUCCCUCGGGCGCUGGAUAGGAUUGUGUCCGAACCAUUGGCCCUGUACCUCCUUUGGGAUGUAUGGCUGAACCUCACUCAGCGGUACCGCAAGCCUCGCGCCGAACGCGUCCACUUCGCCAUGCAGUUCGUGGAUCUCUCAGACGCGGUAAGCUUGCUCCUGCAAGGCGAACCGAAUAACGAGCGCCUGGACCGGAGCAUGGAAGAGAUCAUCAUGCUCUGCGACAACAAAGCCCGUAACGUAUACCGCCGACUCAUCGACAACAUCCUCUGUGGCUUCCUCGCCCGUUGCCCACUUCCCGCUGCGCGCCUGAGCGCUACAGCCGACUGUAUCUUCGCAAUUAUCAUGCACCUCCUCGUGCACUCUCAUGCCCAGAUCCCGCGCGAUGUCAUGCGCACGGUCGUCGGGCUCUGGAAGGCCGCCGCCGCCUCGAAUACCUACAACGCGAUCAUCCCAUCCGAAUGCGCAUCUCUGGUCCUGCUGUACCACGAGAGAUCAAUCGAGUCCAAGUACCUCUCCUGGGCCGUGCGCGACGGGCUCAUACCGAUUCUAAUCGACCUCAUGCGGACUAAGCAGCAGCAGGAUGUACUCGAGGCCGCCUGGGACCUCCUUCAUCACAUCCGCGUGCUCAUGAACACUCGGCCUUUCGCGCGCGUCGUCCGCCGAUACGCUGGCCCGCAGGUACAGCCGCGCGAGGGCGAUCCUUUUCGGCUCGCCGAGUUCAUAUGGGAUUUCGGUACGCGCGCGGCUGCUCUUGACCACGUCUCGUCCACGACCGAGUUGAACUGCUCGUAUGAAUCAUGCCUGCACAAAGGAUCGGAAAAACAUCUCAAGAAAUGUAAGGGAUGCAUGACGCAUUACUACUGCUUGCGCGAGUGCCAGAGGGCCGACUGGAAGGCCGGACAUAAUAGUCUCUGCGCUUCCCGUAACUCAUCGAUUAACGAGAUCAUCACCGCCUCUGUACUCGACCGCGCCUACGCCCUCUACUUCGCCCGCCUCGCACUCAGCUCUGAAGGCCGAGCGCGCGAGAUCACCCAGUCCAUCGCUCGGGGAGCGAAUAAAUGGGGCAUGGCGGACAAGUCGCACGGCGUCGACAUCUGGAUCGUUUACGCGGAGCCCGAGGACCAGGAUGGCGUGCUGGAGAAGCCAGACGUGCCGCGUAUCAUCCUCGGGGAGGGCGUGCUGGAAGAGUGCAGGGAGGCGGUGGCGAUGGUCCCGCCGCACGGCGUGGUCGUGGUGGAUCUGCCUGCGGGAGGGAUGAAUGAGCAGGCGAUGGUCGUUGGGACGUUCGAUCUGGGGGCUACGCUGGCGACUGGAGAGAUUCGCAUCAAGGAGCAACUUACGAAGUACAGCCGAGUGUAUGUGGCGAUUGCGCCAGAGGUGGGGUCGGACCCAUGAGAUCGUCGGACGAUGCGUAUCGGGCGACAUUUCAACACACUCGCGACGGGGAUGUGUCCGAUGGUGCGUGCGAUGAUUGUAUCUAAGAAGGAAGAGGGAGUCGCUGGUCGAUCCACAAUAGACUCACGAUUUCGGUAGUAAUAGCGAGCGGGGGAUACGUGAUCGUCGCGGAACAGAAAGCCACAUACAUGGUGAAUUCAUAUAAAGUACAUUUGAUUUCUGUCCGUCAUACAUCAUUACAGAAAGCAUGAGCG